CAGAAUCCUUUUUCUCUCUCUAAAUCUGUUGUACUAGGUAUCCUUUACACUAAUCACUACUCCUCAAAAUGGCCAAUUCAGUUCCGGUUCCAGUCGUUGCCAUCAACGAGCAGGACAAGACUCUCUUCAAGUCCAUCAACACAUUCGUUCACAACUACAUGUCUCAGCCACAUCACGAUAACUCCCAUGACUACUACCACAUUCUGCGAGUCGUCUCCAACGCCAACAAAUUGCUCGAGGCAGAGCUGACAGCCAACCCCGACCUUCAAUACGACACAUUAACUAUCUUCCUCGCCGCCCUUCUCCACGACGUCGGCGACUACAAGUAUGCUAAAGCAGGAGAAGACAUCGAAAACCAAAUCUCGCACGUUCUUCGAGAACGAGGAGCCUCUGACGAACUUGCGGCGAAGGUCCAAACAAUUGUCCACCAUGUAUCCUACACCCACGAAGUGAAGAACACUGAAGCUGUCAUGCAAGUCUUAGCCAAGUAUCCCGAGCUUGCCAUUGUUCAAGACGCUGACCGCCUUGACGCUAUUGGUGCGGUGGGUGUAGGCCGAUGCUUUGCCUUUGGAGGGGCAAGGCGUCAAGGGCAGCCGAUGUCGCUCGCAGUAGACCACUUUGGAGAGAAGUUGCUGAAGCUGCCAGCCAUGAUGAAGACAGCAUCAGGGAGGGCAAUGGCGGUGUCAAGGAAGAAGGUCCUGGAGGAUUUUGAGGCUCAGUUCAGGGAAGAGACAAGACUUUCCUUCUCUCUUGAGUAAUCGAGACCCCAGACUUGGCGUUCGACCCUUGAAUUAAAUUUGUCCUGUUUGUUUCGAAUUUUUAAGUCGCACUAGUCUCCAUUCCAGAAGAACCCCACGGUGGUCAGAUAAGCUCCCUCCUUGUGUAAUGGGAUACUCGCCGUCCUGGGACAGAUCGAAGGAACUUCAGCUUUACAACAAUC